AUGGCAGACCGCCUCACUCAACUCCAGGACUGCCUGGAUGAUCUCCUUACACAAAUGUACGCUUCACUGUCUUACAUUCAGAACCGACAUCCAUAUGGAGACAUCCCGGGACAACCAAGCCAAGCACCUGAUCCAGCGGCCGCGUCAACGCCUGCCGCAACGAAUGGCGAAGUAGGUCGCUCAGAAGCACCAGAGACUCCUCUACCAGAAGCUCCCGACCGCUUUCAGGCCACCAUGCACGAGCUGGCCCGUGAUUUGGUGCUCAAGGAGCAGCAAAUUGAAAUCCUGAUCAACAGCUUACCGGGGAUUGGCGCGGGUGAGGCCGAUCAGAAUCAACGCAUUCGAGAGCUGGAAGCGGAGCUGACGGUGGUGGAGAAGGAAAGGGCAAAGGCGGAGAAGGAAAGGGAGAGGCUGGUGGACGCGCUGGGCCAGGUGAUCGUGGGGGUCAAACGGCCUGCGUGA